AAGCCGCCGAUUGUUUCCGUGGCAAAUCAGUCAGUCUGCAGAAUGAGGUGUCCCGCGUGGCUGUUUUUCGCGUUGUUCCCGCGAUUUUUCGCCGUGUUACCGGUCACCAAUUCUCAAAGAACGCAUGCAAGACAGGGAUUGGGCCGUGAACAACCUCUGGUCAAGAUCACCGAGCAAGGAACGGUCGCUGGCAAGGAGGUAUUUUUAAGUGUUACUCAAAAGGUGAUACAAUAUUUAGGAAUACCUUAUGCCCAGCCACCGUUAGGAAAAUUACGUUUUACUAUUCCUGUUACCGAACCGCUUCCAUCAUGGAGCGGUAUACGAAAUGCAACACAAUUUGCAUCAUCCUGCCAGCAAAUGACAAAUCGUUUGAAGCUCCAUGAAAAAUAUUAUAAAAGAUUGUUGCCACCUGAUCAAUUCGAUCCUGGAGUUAGCGAAGAUUGUCUGUAUUUGAACAUUUACACUCCUGAUGGUAACAGUCCAGACGAUGGAUGGCCUGUUAUGGUGUGGUUUCAUGGUGGUGAUUUUAACACUGGCACUCCAGCUAUAUGGGAUGCAUCAUUUUUCGUUAACAAAUAUAAAAUCAUGGUGGUCACGGUGGCUUAUCGUCUCAAUAUCCUUGGCUUCUUCACAACCACGGACGCAGAGGCUCCAGGUAAUUAUGGCAUGUUCGAUCAAAUAGCAGCACUGGACUGGAUUCAGAAGAAGAUCAAGAAUUUUGGUGGUUCUCCGUCCAAUGUGAUAAUAUAUGGCCAUAGUUCGGGCGCCAUAAGUGUAGGUUUGCACCUGGUUAGUCCUCUGAGCAGAGGCAAAUUCUCCAAGGCCAUUGCCAUGAGCGGAGACGCAGUAAGCUCUGUGGGUUCACCACAAAUGGAAUUACCGGUGGUUGAUAUCAUCGCCGAAAAAUUUGGUUGUUAUAGACAACCCACAUCAGCCUUGAUGGAGUGUCUUCGUCGAGUAGACGUAAACAUCCUGGUCCGUGAAUCCUCAGAAAUAGAAACGUGGGGUCCUAUUGUUGAUUAUACAACUAAUAACUCCACAGAACCGUUUCUAUCUAUGCAUCCAAGGGAUGCAUUAGACAGUGGCACUUUGAAUUCUGUCCCUCUACUCGUUGGUUAUACGAAUAAUGAACAGGCAUUGGCUUACAUAGAGUCCCUAAGCAAGGAGAACGCAGAUGGUAAACUUUCGUUUAACAAGUUCGAGAUGCUAAUCACUGACGAGUUUGUAUCAUUGGUCCAGAGCCCGGAAGAUAAUAGUACCUGCGAGCUGAAGCCAGAAAUGGUCGCAGAGGCGGUAUUUUUUUAUAAACCUCAUCCGCCGAGCAAGGAUCAAGGUGUGCUUCGGGAUAGAUACUUGGACUUGCAAACGGAGAAAAAUUUUGCAGCUGGGCUUACUCUGUUAGCUGAUAAGGUAUCCAAGGAGAAGCGAGCAUUCGUUUAUAGAUUUGACUAUAGGCCCAAGACACAAUCUAUCAUUAAAGAUGUGCCUGAAUGGGCUGGCGUUCCCCACAUGUUCGAGCUACCGUUUGUCUGGGGACUUCCCCUAUUAGUUAACAGCCCUGUUCAGUGGAACUUCGCUGACAAAAAAAUGGCUGACGUGAUGAUGGCGAUGUUGGCUAGUUUUGCCAGGGUUGGUAAUCCAUCCCUGAGUAAUGUUAAAUGGGAAUCGUACACUGAGGAAGAGCCUGGGAUCUUGAUUAUCGAUAGGAACAUCGAUAUGAGCAAUUCCAAUGCAAUUGAUUACAAAGCAUUGGCUUUCUGGAACGAAUAUUAUCCGAUGGUUCUUGAAGAGGCAAGGAAUAAUUGUUGUAAUAUAACCAGCCAAUCUAUUGCAUUGAGGAAAGCUUCUUAUGAGAUCGUUUUGAGUAGUUUUGUUCUUGUCAUAAUGUUUUGGUACAUAGAAUUAUAAUUAAUAGUAAUGAAUUAUUCUAUUUUCCUUUGGAUGUAAUUUUUGCACCUUCUUUUUUACAAACAUUGACAGAUAUAGGGCCAUCCUGGUUUGUGUUAACUUCUUGAGAUGACGAAUAAUUUGUAAUACAAUUUAUUCUUGCUUCAAUAAAAUUCCAUUUUGUGCUUAAU